AUGUCGGUAAUAAACGUUGGGGUGCUGCACAUGGGUUUGUUCGGGGACUUGGAAGUUAGCACAGAAGAUGAUGUGAAAUGCUUGAAGCACUACUGGGAAGCCCUCGACGAUGGUCUGACCGUAAGAGUUCUGCAGCCUGUUCCUGUUUCACAUACAGCGCGUAUUUGCCGAGUAAAUGAAGGUACUUGCAACCUACAGACUCAGGACCUCUGGAAAUAUCCGAAGAAGGAAAAACCCAGAGAUGCUUCCCAUAUUGUGGGAAUAACCAUAACCAUGACUGACCUUUAUCGUUGCGAGCCUUGGAAUUUCAUCUCUGGACAAGCUUCUUUGACAAAAGGUGUUUCUGUUUUACAGUGCAGCUUUGUACGGUUCAUGUGUCGGGGCCGGCGGCGGGUGAAGUCGAAAAAGGCGUUCGCGGCAUCCCUGAAAGCUGAGACAAACAGGCAGCGAAGGGAGCUGUCGUCCUGUUGGCCUUCUCCUCGUAACGCCUGCGUGUAA